AUGCCGAUGGCUGCGAGCAGUGCACCAAGAGACUUCUCUGUGGCCGAUGGCUACGGCGUCCACGAGUAUCCGGCAUUGGUCUACUUCGAGGGAGGCAUACCCAAUGUGUUUGAGGGUGAGCUCAGCGAGGAGGAGGAGGUGCUGCAGUGGCUGAUCACACAGAAGACCGAGGAUCGCAUCGAGCUCAUUACACGGCAAAUGCUCGAGACCAUGGUGGAGGAGACCCAAUAUCUGGCUGUGUACUUCUACAAAAUCAACUGCAACAUCUGCGACCAGAUAUUGGAGGGGUUGGAGCUAAUCGACGACGAAUGCGAUGUCUUCGGCAUACACAUGGUCAAGAUCCAAGAUCCGCAGUUGGCCAAACGCUAUUCCAUCAAAACCUUCCCCGCCUUGGUAUAUUUCCGCAAUGGCAAUCCUCUGCUGUUCGAGGGCGACCUCCAGAAUGAGCAAUCGGUCUUGGAGUGGCUGAUUGAUGACGACAAUCGCGAGUUGGCCGACGAAAUCGAGGAGGUCAACGAGCGCAUGCUGGACCGCCUGAUGGCCGAGUCCACCCUCUUGGUGGUUUUCUUUUAUGAUGAUGAUUGCGCUGAGUGCGAGGAAAUAUUGGAGGACCUGGAGGAGAUCGAUGGAGAGGCCGACAUGUUUGGCAUUGACUUUGUGAAGAUAGCCAGCAUAGAGGCAGCGAAGAAAUACGAAAUUGUCAAUAUACCUUCUCUGGUGUAUUACCGGAAACAAGUACCCGUCCUGUAUGACGGAGAUAUGCAUCAACAUGACAAGGUCAUCACAUGGCUUACCUCACAAGAUGUGUUCGAAAUCAAGAACGAAAUAGAAGAAGUCAACCGAAAAAUGCUGGACAAGCUGCUCGAAGAGAAUGAAUUCCUGUCGGUGUUCUUCUAUGAGCACAAUCAUCCGGACAGCAUCGCCUCGCUGGAGAAGCUGGAGAAUAUCGACAGCGAGACGGAUAAUCUGGAUAUUACGUUUGUGAAAAUGGCCGACUCGCGUUAUGCCAAGAAAUGGGGCGUCACAAAGCUGCCAGCAAUGGUCUACUUCCGUCGCCGCUUCCCCAGCAUAUACAGAGGUGAUCUACUAUCCGAGGACGAGGUGCUGGAGUGGCUGCGCAAGAACCGCUUCCGCCAGCCUGAGCUGAACAUCUUUAUGUAUGCCCUGAUCGCCCUGGCGCUGGCCUUUGUCAUCUACACGGCCUUCCUGCUGCAGUGCUUCAAGCCAGCACCGCCGCCACCCGUGCAGCACCCCAAGCAGUCUUGA